AUGUCAUAUCCAACAGUGGGUUCUACCAACAUUGUGAAUGGUGUCACCACCGUCGACUGCCAAAAGCAAGUUCGUUCAUGGAGGCUUCUCCGCUCUCUUAUGGAGCUCCUCAUUCCAAGGUGCAACUGCAUUUCUCUUGGAGAACACCGAAUUGAGGAAGAAAACUAUCUCCACAGAUACUUCUAUUCCCAACCCACCUUCAUUUCCUCCACCGUUGUCACCGGCACCAUUUUCGGGUACCGCAGGGGAAAAGUUAGCUUUUGUAUCCAGACAAACGCCAAGUCCACCAACCCAAUUCUCCUUCUUGAACUGGCACUUCCCACAGCCAUUCUUGCAAGGGAAAUGCAGGGUGGAAUUCUACGAAUCACGCUCGAAUCCAUAGCUGCCAAAAAUGGCAUGGAUUCUUACACUCUCUUGUCCAUACCAGUGUGGACCAUGUGCUGUAACGGGAGGAAAGUAGGCUUUGCCGUUAAGCGCACACCCUCCAAGGCUGAUAUGAACGUGCUAGGGCUGAUGGGAUCCGUCAUUGUAGGUGCCGGAAUUAUAAGCGCCAAGGAACUCAACUGCGAUGAUGAGCUCAUGUACCUCCGAGCCAAUUUUGAGAGAGUUCGCAGUUCGUCCAAUUCUGAGUCCUUCCAUUUGAUAGACCCCGAUGGGAACAUCGGUCAGGAGCUUGGUAUUUUCUUUUUCCGCUCAAGGUGACCUCAAUCAAGUCUACCAGAGAGCAACAGCGGCAACAGUUACACCCUUCGGGUUUUUUUGUGUUGCGCCCGCUUCUUUGGAUAGGCAGGACUUUGGCUUAAUUUUUUAGCCUCCCAUUCAUAUAUUCCUCUUGGCCUUUCCAGUUUGCUAAUUAAUUAAUAUGCUUGAGGGAGUGUCAACGCAUCAUUAUGGCCGAUUUUGGAGGGGAAGGUUCAUCCCAUAACCUUGUUUUUCCUUCCCUUCCCUUCCCUUUGAGUGAGCCUAAUCGGCCAAUGGGUCAUUUUGCUAUGUCUCUGUCUGUCUUGUGGCUUAUUGGCAU